AUGUCAAAUAUCCCACUUUCUUCUUUCCAGAACUGUAUCUGCAAGAGCAAAAGUCACUGCUACUGUGAUGAAACUAAAGGUAGUAAGGGUGAAAUGGGCUUUCCUGGUUACCCCGGUCCACCUGGUCAGAUGGGCUUCCCUGGCCCAGAGGGCCCUCCUGGACCUCAAGGGCCUAAGGGUUUUCCAGGGCCAGUAGGAUUUGCUGGGCCUAAAGGUUCAAGGGGUGCACCAGGAGUCCCUGGUUAUUCAGGCUUCCCAGGUCUCCCAGGUAAACCAGGAAAUGCUGGUCCUCCAGGUCCUCCAGGUAUACCAGGAUGCAAUGGGACAAAGGGUGAGAGGGGAUUUCCAGGCUUCCCAGGGCAAGAAGGACCUCCAGGAUUACCGGGUCCUAAAGGCAUCAAAGGAGAAAAAGGACGUUCUGCAAAUGGAUAUGACCAGGUUUAUAACUCCCAAGGUGAUCCAGGAUUACCAGGAAUGCCUGGAUUUCAGGGUGCACCAGGACCUCAAGGAUUACCAGGAAUGAUUGGGCCCCAAGGCCCUCCAGGUUUUCCAGGAGCACAAGGAAGACAAGGACUUCCAGGUCCCAAGGGUCUCAUGGGUGUCAAAGUCAUUGGAGCCAAAGGAACAAAAGGUGAUGUUGGACUACAAGGGCCCCCAGGAGCAACAGGAACAGUUAUUGUAACACUGACCCGAGCAGAUAAUAUCACGGAAUUAAAAGGUGAUAAAGGAGACAUGGGUUUUCCAGGACCUCCUGGACUCCAGGGAGAUCCAGGACCACCUGGCGAUUUUCGAAGUGCAAAAGGAGAAUCAGGAGAGCCAGGAACUCAGGGUAGACUUGGAAAGGAUGGUAUCCCUGGGCCACCUGGCUUACAGGGAGAAAAGGGAGACAUGGGUAUCCCAGGAUUGCCAGGAGAAGUUGGGCUAAAGGGAAGGAAAGGUGAAGUGGGUCCUCAAGGAAUUCCAGGUCCAACAGAGUAUUAUGAUGAAAUACCUGGUGAAAAAGGCAAUAGGGGCUACCCAGGGCCCCCAGGACCUAAAGGCCCACGUGGAGCACCUGGUCCCCAAGGUCCCACUGGUGCCAUUGGUAGGUCAGGUGUUUCACAGCCUGGUCCCAAAGGUCUGCCAGGCUUUUCUGGCAUCAAGGGAAGAAAAGGAGAUAGAGGACAACCUGGGACAGAUGCUAUUGGACCACCAGGACUUCCUGGAUUGCCAGGGCGACCUGGCCCAGCAGGAUCACCAGGACUUUCAGGACAGCCAGGUACAAUAACUUAUGAAAAUGGCCCACCAGGAAACCCUGGAAGCCCAGGAUGCAUGGGACCUCCAGGUCUUUCAGGACCUAGUGGGGCAAAAGGUGACAAAGCAGAGCCAUGUGACCAGUGCACUUAUACUAUAGGACAACCUGGCAUUCCUGGUGUUCCUGGGGCUAAGGGUCAACAUGGAAUUAAAGGUGUAGAAGGUAUAUUUGGCCCGAAAGGAUCCCAAGGGUUCCCUGGACAGCAGGGGUCUCCUGGCAUUCAGGGAAGUGAAGGUUUUCCAGGAAUCCAAGGCCUUAAAGGAUCAAAAGGUGAACCAGGGUAUGUCCAUCCAGAAGGUCCAAAAGGUGACAGAGGAGAACCAGGACCCAGAGGAAGCUCAGGAGAAAAUGGAUUGGAUGGGUCACCUGGGCAACCUGGACUGGAUGGUUCAAAAGGUCCUGUGGGUGCACAGGGAGCUGAUGGUCCAAAAGGAGACAGAGGUUCACCUGGAUUAAUCGGUAGCUCAGGUUUUCCUGGAGAGAUGGGUCGUGUUGGACCAGCAGGAUAUGGGCCACAAGGAGUAGAAGGUUCUAAAGGAUCUCAAGGAAAACCUGGUUUGCCCGGGCUUCCUGGAGUAGCUGGGCUCAAAGGUGAAUCUGGUAAAGUAAAUGCAAUUCCUGGAUCACCUGGACUUCGAGGACCAGAUGGCAGACCAGGACUAGAAGGAGUAAAAGGUAGUGUUGGGGCCAGAGGGCAGCGUGGUAACCCAGGCCUCCCAGGACCAGAAGGUGAUCCAGGCUUAUCAGAGAAUGGAUUCCCUGGUUAUGCUGGUCUGAAAGGAAAUAAAGGAUAUCAAGGUUUUAAAGGACAACCAGGCUGUCCAGGAAAAUCAGGAGAACAAGGCUUACCGGGAGAACCUGGGAUUGCAGGACUAAAGGGUGAACCAGGCCCAGUUAUUCCUGGACAACAAGGUAGAACAGGUUCACAAGGAGAAGAGGGUUCUUCAGGUGAGAAGGGUGAAAAUGGAUCACUAGGACUUCCGGGACUUCCAGGUCGACAAGGCCGUGAUGGGGUUGAUGGGCCAAGAGGAGAAACUGGAUUCCCUGGACUUCCAGGAGAAAAGGGUGUCCCGGGAAAAAUGGGUGAUUGCAUUAUUGGCUUACCAGGACCACAAGGUCCAUGUGGAAUAAUAGGCCCACACGGAGCUACAGGAUUAUUGGGAGCCAAAGGAGAUCCAGGUAUUCCAGGAUUAGAUAUCCCAGGAUUUCCAGGACAAUUUGGGUUACCUGGAUUACCUGGCCUUCAAGGAGAUGAAGGAUCACCUGGCAUCAGGGGACAGCCUGGCAGGCCUGGAGAACCAGGUAUACCUGGUCCAAGAGGUGAGCUAGGCUUGAUGGGCAUUGUAGGUAUUCCUGGGUUUCCUGGUAUCAUUGGAAAUCCAGGGAUCCCUGGAAGCAGAGGUUCUCCUGGCUUUCCAGGACCAAAAGGAAGAAAGGGAUAUUCAGGGGAAAAAGGUGAACCAGGUGAUAAAGGUUCUCCUGGAACAUCAGAGUUCAGAAUGAGUUUUGGAGAUAAAGGAAACAGAGGAGCUAGAGGGUUUCCAGGCCAAAUGGGAGACAAAGGAGAAAGAGGCGAACAAGGUGCUCAAGGAUGCGUUGGUCCUAAUGGGCUGCCAGGAACACCUGCUCCACCAGGUCCCAAAGGAGAGAAAGGACUUCCAGGAAUUCCUGGGGGACUGGGACUGCCAGGAGCUCCAGGAGACAGAGGGGACAUGGGAAUGCCAGGUCCUAAAGGUGAGAAAGGCUCUUCAGGUUUGCCUGGAUCAUCUGGUAUAUCAGGGUCGUCGGGCUUUCCCGGUAUUCCAGGGGAUAAAGGAGAACCAGGAUGCCCUGGGAUUGGGCCUCCAGGAAUCCCAGGACCCAAGGGUGAUCCAGGUCUGCCAGGAGAAAGAGGAAGGAAAGGUGAACGUGGUUCACCAGGCCAACAAGGGCUCAUAGGAGAACCUGGACUACCUGGAAACAGAGGGAAUAAUGGAUUACCAGGAAUUCCAGGAGAAUCAGGACCUGCAGGCAGUAAUGGUAUUAAAGGUAACAAAGGAUUCCCAGGACUAAAUGGCAUCAGAGGCUCCCCAGGUCCAGCUGGUCAACCUGGUGAUGAUGGACCUGUUGGUGAAAGGGGUAAUCAAGGGCGUGAUGGUAUUCCUGGUCCCCCUGGAGAAAAGGGAAGCCAAGGUCACCCUGGGGAUCAGAUUCCUGGCCCUCAAGGUCUUCCUGGACCUAAAGGUAUCAAAGGAGAUAUGGGAAUGGCUGGUUUUCCAGGACUACAAGGUGUUAAAGGUUUUAUAGGGGACCAAGGACCAAGUGGACCUCCUGGUUUACCUGGACAACGAGGACUUCCAGGAGAACCAGGCUUAGGAAUUGCUGGCCCAAAAGGAAAUAGAGGCCCCCAAGGUCCAGAUGGGGAACCAGGUGCUCCUGGUAUUCCAGGGCCUGCCGGGCCCUCUAGCUACAGUAUUAAAGGAAGUAAAGGUUCUCGAGGAACAGAUGGCUUACCAGGUCCACCAGGAACUAGAGGAGAUAUUGGUCUACCUGGCCCACCAGGAACAGAAGGGAUCCCUGGGUAUCAAGGUCCUAGAGGUGAACCUGGUUUUCCAGGAUUCCCAGGCAUAAAAGGUGAAAAGGGCAACAGGGGACCACCUGGGCCUACAGGAGUUGCAGGGCCUGGAGGGCCAAAGGGCUUACCUGGUCAUCCUGGACCACCUGCAAAAGCCAUCUCCUUCCCAGGAAGCCCAGGACCUGCAGGGCUGCCUGGAAGCCCAGGAGAACAAGGAGAUCCAGGCCCAAGAGGACCACCUGGGCUACCAGGGCCUCCUGGUAUAAUGGGCCAGCCAGGCCAUGUUGGGAUUCCAGGUAUACCUGGGCCACCUGGAUUAAAAGGAGACAAGGGAUUCCAAGGACAAAAAGGUUUACCUGGAUUGCUUGGUUUUCCUGGUGUAAAAGGACUUCCUGGUUUCCCAGGACCUUGCUUUUCUGGCCCAGCAAAAAGUGGCUUUAUUUUUUCUCGGCACAGCCAGUCAGCAAAGAUUCCUUCAUGUCCGCCUGGAACUACUCAGAUCUAUAGUGGCUAUUCUCUCCUUUUCGUACAGGGGAAUGAGCAAGCACAUGGACAAGACCUUGGUACAGCUGGCAGCUGCCUUCAGAGAUUUACCACCAUGCCCUUUUUAUUAUGCAAUCCCAAUAAUGUUUGUAGAUUUGCUUCUCGCAAUGACUAUUCAUAUUGGUUGUCAACAGCAGAACCAAUGCCUUCAGACAUGGCACCCAUUUCUGGGAAAGCUUUGGAACCUUAUAUUAGCAGGUGUUCUGUCUGUGAAGGUCCUGCCAUGAUUAUAGCAGUCCACAGCCAAACAGCUUCAGUUCCACCAUGCCCUCAAGGAUGGCAGUCCCUUUGGAAAGGUUUUUCUUUUGUUAUGUAUACAGGAGCAGGCUCGGAAGCCUCUGGACAAAUGCUGGCAUCUCCAGGGUCAUGCUUAGAGAAAUUUUAUGCCAUUCCAUUUAUUGAAUGUCAUGGUCGAGGGACAUGCAAUUAUUACUCAAACUCGUACAGCUUCUGGCUGGCUUCACUGAAUCCAAGAAGAAUGUUCAGGAAACCAUUACCACAGACUCUGAAAGCUGGAGAAUUGGAAAAAAUAAUCAGUCGCUGUCAAGUCUGUAUGAGAAAACCCAACUAA